GUCACACAGCCUGAGUGGUUCCAGGCUGCACCAGAGGGACAGCUCCCUGGUGAAAUACACUUUGACUCCAUUCCAAGGGAGACGGACUUUGUGUGGUUUGGAGUGUUAGGAAGGGUUUCAAAAAUGACCAAGCGGUCGACACCUUCUCAAAAAGACGGAAAGGGCGAAGUAAGUGGACACAAAGUUUCCCAAAAUGAGACCCUGCUGGACGGGGACGACAGGAAGGUGGAACUGGGGAAGAAGGUGACCCUGCUCCGAGGGAUCUCCAUCAUCAUCGGCACCAUCAUCGGAGCUGGGAUCUUCAUCUCUCCAAAGGGCAUCCUGAAGCACUCAGGUAGUGUCGGGAUGUCCCUCAUCGUGUGGAUCGCCUGCGGUGUGCUGUCACUCUUUGGAGCCCUGUCCUACGCUGAACUGGGGACUUGUAUUAAGAAGUCUGGUGGCCACUACACAUAUAUACUGGAAGCCUUUGGACCUCAGGUGGCCUUCAUAAGACUAUGGGCUGAACUCAUUGCUAUAAGGCCUGCAGCGACGGCAGUCAUCUCUCUGGCCUUUGGUCAGUACAUCCUGGAGCCUCUGUUCAUGCCCUGUGGUAUUCCCCCUAUGGCUGUCAAACUGGCCACCACCAUCGGCAUAACUUCUAUUAUGUACCUGAACAGUAUGAGCGUGACAUGGACAGCCAGGAUACAAAUCUUCCUCACCUUCAGCAAGCUGCUGGCUAUCAGCAUCAUCAUAGUACCUGGAAUGUACCAGCUCUUUAAGGGAGAGACCAGGAACUUUGAGAAUGCCUUUGAGCUGAACAAUGCGAAGCUGUCUGAAAUGCCACUUGCCUUCUACUCCGGGAUGUAUGCAUACUCUGGGUGGUUCUAUUUGAACUUUUUGACAGAGGAGGUAGAUAACCCUGAGCGGACUAUGCCAUUAGCAAUCUAUAUCUCCAUGGCGAUUGUGACUUUCUGCUACGUGCUGACCAAUGUGGCAUACUACACUGUGAUGUCAGCAGACGAGAUCCUGGCCUCAGAUGCAGUCGCUGUGACCUUUGCAGAGAAGAUGAUGGGGAACUUCUCGAUAGUGGUGCCGGUUUUUGUGGCCUUGUCCUGCUACGGAUCCAUGAAUGGUGGUGUCUUUGCCAUAUCCAGGAUGUUCUUCGUUGCAUCCCGAGAAGGACAGCUCCCUGAGAUUUUGUCUAUGAUCCACGUCCGCAGGCACACUCCAUUGGCUGCUGUCCUCAUACUGUACCCCAUCACCAUUCUCCAGGUGUUUGUGGGAGACAUCUACAGCCUGUUGAACUUCAUGAGCUUCCUGCGGUGGCUGUUCAUCGGUCUGGUGGUGUUGGGCCUAAUCUACCUCCGAUAUACAAAACCUGACCUGCCCCGCCCCUUUAAGGUGCCGCUCUUCAUCCCAGUGGUGUUCUCCCUCACGUGUUUCUUCAUGGUCUUUCUGUCUCUGUACUCGGACCCGGUCAACACAGGGAUUGGAUUUGCCAUUUCCCUCACUGGCAUCCCUGCCUACUAUAUCUUCAUUUACUUUAAGCACAAACCAAAGUGGCUUCAGAGGGCUUUAGAUUCCUUCAACAGAACCUUGCAGAUCAUCCUGGUUGUGGUCCCUGCUGAGCAGUAAAGGUUCAGAUCAUCACCUCCUUGGUCCAAUGUAUCACACAUACAUGUAUAUACUGAGCUGAUCUCUAGCUCUCUAAAACUCAUUUAGACAUGAAUGUAUCUGCUGAAUGUGAGUGAGUUAACGUAAUGUGUUUUAAUGACUAAUAAAGACUUGGGAGUAUUAUGAUUGUUUUUGUCACCGUAAAUGCCAUCUGAUCACCCUUUUCUUCUCAACAACUACUAACUGUGAGUCUGAACAGAGGAAGUUCCUCCACAGUAUUCAACAAAUGUCUGGACUAAUGUGAUUUUAUCAGAAUAUGAUUCUUUAUACAAAAGUCAAAGUAAAGUCUAAGCAACCACAGACUCAAGUGUGUUAUUUCCGUAGCUUAAUCAUUGUUUGGUGGUAGUAUCAUAUCAUGUUGUUGGUUCAGACUUGGAUCCAGUUGCAACACCAAACCUUGCUCCAUGGCUAACAAAUCUAACCUUGAGCCUAUCCUUGCUUUUUUUAACUGUGUUAUGUGUGUGCUGGGAAUCAACAUUUUUAAUUUCCUUCAGAGAAACCAACUCUUACACAUGAUAUCUAUUGUACUUCUGUCCAUCCUGAUAGAGGGAUCCUCCUAUGUUGUUCUCCCUGUUGUUUUUUUGGGGGAUGUCGUAUGUGGACAGAUUGUAAAGCCCUCCGAGGCAAAUUUGUGUUUUUGGGCCAUACUAUAUUCAUUAAAUUGAAUUAAAUGUCUUUAAGUAUUC